GUGUAGUGCUCGCUGUAGUUUUCAUGUCAAAAUAACCGUUCAGUCUUUGGCGGACCGAGCGCAUGACCCAUUUUCUGUCACCGAAGGCUGAAUAACGCUGGACAAAAGGUCGUGUCCUCUCUUUAGUGGGAUGUGUUCCAAAUAUAUUUAAGUUUUCUGAAAUAUAAUACCCCCAAAGUGUACCAUCGAAAGUUGAAACGAUGCAUGCACUUUUUAUCUUAUCGCAAUUCUAAAGGUUAACGGUAUGGAAUGAACUGAUUUUCUUUAAACCAAUUUUGAAUGGUCUGACCGAAAAGCGAUACAAGUGAUCUCUGUGCAAUUGUUGAUGUUUGCCAGCGUGUUACUAGGGUUCGUGCACUUCUUCCCCGUGUAAGCUAAUCAUCACAUCUUUCUCGUGUUGUUAGAUGAGAGGAACGAUAAGAGAAAGAAAGCAAGGAGAAUAUUAUUUUCUUGGGUGCACUUCAAGAUGCCGUCGUGUAGAGUAACAUUCGUUCGACACGGUGAAAGCGAAUGGAACAAACAGAAUUUAUUUUGUGGAUGGUACGACGCUCGCUUGAGCGAGAAAGGUGAACAAGAUGCAAGAGAAGUAUCUGCUGCGGCGCUUGUUAAGGAAAACGCUCAAUUUGAUAUCGCCUUUACGUCGGCAUUGUGUCGGGCGAAUACAUCACUGCAACUGAUUUUAGAAACUAUGAAUAGUGUAAAUAUCCCGAUUCACUCUUCGUGGCGGUUAAAUGAAAGGCAUUAUGGGGCCUUGACGGGCUUCAACAAAAGACAAAUGGCUGAUGAAUAUGGUGAGGAGCAGGUGCAAACUUGGAGACGUAGUUACGAUGUCCCUCCACCACCAAUCACUUCCGAGAAUCCGCAUUAUGAGAGUAUACGCACAAACCCAAGAUUUCGAGACGUCCCUCCAGAGUUAUUUCCUGAUUCGGAGACUCUUGCUUCGACAAUUGAGCGUGUUAUCCCGUUCUGGACAUCGGAAAUUGUGCCUCUUAUAAAGAGUGGGAAGCGAAUUCUGAUCGUUGCACAUGGAACAAGUUUGCGUGGGAUUAUCAAACAUAUUGAGGGGUUAUCAAAAGAACAAAUAAUGAAAUUUGAUGUACCGAACAGCAUUCCAUUCACCUAUGAUUUUGAUAUGGAGACAAUGUCGGUUAUUGGAAAUAUUCGAUUCUUAGCCGACGAAGAGACUGUUUUAAGGGCAAUGGAGAAGACACGUUCUAUAGGCAAAUAAUUUUUGAAUAUUUUUUUUACCAUGGCGUAAGAAAUAGUUCAAUUGGAAGAAAAUGAUUGUUUUAUUUAAUUGUUAUGAUUUUUUUGUUGCAUUGUUUAAACUAUGACUUUUAUACUCAUACGAGAGACCCGCUUCUAACGAUUGUAUAUUUAUAAGGCUCUAGGAAUAAAUUUCGAAUAAAACUAGAUUUGAAUAAU